AUGAAUCGAUUUCUUUUUACUAUUCUUUCACUCGCAAUCGACGUCAUUCUAGCAGCUCAACAAGAUUUCUCCGGAUCAUAUCAUUUCCUCCGUUGUUCAUGUACGGUUUUAAGAUGCUUAGAACCUUCUCCUUAUCAGAUGUAUCAUUCCCCCACUGGACAUAUGACGAUUAAUUAUCGUUCUAAUAUNCAUGCACACCCAAAUACUUAUCACACUGACAUCAUGAAUCGAUUUCUUUUUACUAUUCUUUCACUCGCAAUCGACGUCAUUCUAGCAGCUCAACAAGAUUUCUCCGGAUCAUAUCAUUUCCUCCGUUGUUCAUGUACGGUUUUAAGAUGCUUAGAACCUUCUCCUUAUCAGAUGUAUCAUUCCCCCACUGGACAUAUGACGAUUAAUUAUCGUUCUAAUAUCUUAGCAGCUUAUGGACAAAUAACACCGGUAGAAAAUGGACGACAAACACAAAUUUCCAUGCAGUGGAUACCGGGCAUGGAUUUUGAUACAAAUUGCACAGGCUUGUGGAUACAAACAAAAGGAAUGUUUGAUUUAAAAUGUGGGAAUCAACAACAAUAUUGCACAGCACAGUUUGAAUGUCAAAAAAAUAGUGGACCAUGUUUUACCAAUGCUUCAAAUACAUUUAGUUCGCAUUUUAAGCCUAUUUUGAUCAAAAUAGUUGUUGGAAUCGUAUUUCUUCGCUUAAUUCAAAAGUUUAUUUAUUAA